GAUGCGAAUUUGUACACCACAUGCAGUGCUAUAAUAAGGUAUCCAAACAACAGCAAUGCCUACAUCACUGAUUGAAGAUAAUAGUGUUGCUUAUAUUAUUUAGCUAAUAACUUGCUGUACCAGACAGACCAACGUCAAUAAUCAUUGACGUGAUGAGUUAGUCUACACUUCAAACCAAGGAAGUCUGCUCACAUGACUUGGUCUUAUGACCUGAACAUGCUGUGAUGUCAACAUAGGAGUAAGAAGAAAGGAUCUGAAUUAGCAACGUUUGGAAUUCAGAGUUUGUCUCUUGCAGUCUGAGGGAUAACCUGCACUGAACAGGACAAGUGAGAUCGGAAUUUGCAUAAAUUCCUUUAAAAUGGCUCCCGUUGGCAAAAAGCUUACAGGGCUUGUAGCUGCAACAUUCACACCCCUCACACCCCAUGGUGAGGUUAAUCUUUCAGUGAUUGGGCAAUACAUUGACUACCUAGUGGAAAGGCAAGGGGUGCGAAAAAUCUUUGUGAAUGGAACCACAGGUGAGAGUAUGUCCUUCUCAGUUAAAGAGAGGAAACUGCUGACUGAUGAGUGGUGUCAGCGAGGCAGGGGAAAACUCGAUGAGGUGAUUGUGCACGUCGGCUGUUCAAGUCUCAAGGACUGUCAGGAAUUGGCUCGCCAUGCUGUUGAAGCAGGGGCUGAUGGGAUUGCAGUCAUUUCUCCGUCCUUCUUAAAACCACCCAAUGCUGUUGCCCUGAGGAUGUUUCUUCAGGAAGUGGCUGCUGCUGCCCCUGCCCUCCCAUUCUACUACUAUCACAUCCCCAACUUGACAGGGGUUCACUUGCUUGCAUCAGAUGUGGUGGAGGGAAUUGAGGAAAUUAUCCCAUCAUUCAGAGGUCUGAAAUUCAGUGGCAGUGACCUCUUAGACUUUGGCCAAUGUGUUAGCUGCAAUCCUGGUCAUUGGACACACUUGUAUGGAGUGGAUGAGCAACUGCUAGCAGCUCUUGCCAUGGGAGCGGAUGGUGCAGUAGGCAGCACAUACAACUAUAUGGGAAGUACUAUGAACAGACUUCUUUCUGCCUUUGACAAAGGAGACCUGGAACAGGCCAGGGAUUUACAGUUUAAGAUGCAGGCGAUAAUUCUGUUUGCAAUAAAGGAAGGGUUCAAUCUAGCUAUGAACAAGCAGAUAAUGUGUGAGCUCUCUGGAAUACCUCUGGGGCCCCCACGUCUCCCUCUCCUACCCUGUGAUGUGUCAAAAGCCUGUGCUGUUGCCCAGAAACUACGCUCCGUCCUGGGAGAACAAUAACUGCUUGAUGACCGCAUUCCCAGGGAUUCCAGAAUGCCAGUAAACUCCGCUUGAUCUGUUUUGUUGAUUGAAAAUAGAGUAUGUGUUUGUACUUUGCUUUUGUUUUGUACUUCAAUCAGUGUGCAGAUCUUAUAGUUUAUUAUGUUUUGUUAUUGUCACAAAAGAAGCUAGUGGUAAUGCUAACGGUAAAGUCAAUAGUUGUUUAUGAAAGGGAUUCACUCUAAACAUUGCACAAGAAAUUUUAUGAGGGAAAAUAUGUGUCAUGCGGAACAUCUAAUGUUUGUUUUUUUUUCAACUCAGUAUUUGGGAGAUUUAGCAUUAAAGUUACUAAUACGUUUUGACCUUGAUUUUUUGACACUAUCUGAAAGUUUUCUACCUGAAACACUUUUAUACAUUUGUAGUCACUUAUAAAAAGAUUUUACUUAAUAAAAUAAACAUUCCAAAAUAGUA